GCUCGCGCGCCCGCCCCCGCCCUGGCCCCCAGCGCCCACCCGGUCCGCGCGGCUCAGCCAUGAUCAAGGCGAUCCUCAUCUUCAACAACCACGGGAAGCCGCGGCUCUCCAAGUUCUACCAGCCUUAUAGUGAAGAUACCCAACAGCAAAUCAUCAGGGAGACAUUCCAUUUGGUAUCUAAGAGAGAUGAAAAUGUUUGUAAUUUCUUAGAAGGAGGAUUAUUAAUUGGAGGAUCUGACAACAAACUGAUUUAUAGACAUUAUGCAACGUUAUAUUUUGUCUUUUGUGUGGAUUCUUCAGAAAGUGAACUUGGCAUUUUAGAUCUAAUUCAAGUAUUUGUGGAAACAUUAGACAAGUGUUUUGAAAAUGUCUGUGAACUGGAUUUAAUUUUCCAUGUAGACAAGGUUCACAAUAUUCUUGCAGAAAUGGUGAUGGGAGGAAUGGUAUUGGAGACCAACAUGAAUGAGAUUGUUACACAAAUUGAUGCACAAAAUAAACUGGAGAAAUCUGAGGCUGGCUUAGCGGGAGCUCCAGCCCGUGCUGUAUCAGCUGUAAAGAAUAUGAAUCUUCCUGAGAUCCCAAGAAAUAUAAACAUUGGUGACAUCAGUAUAAAAGUGCCAAAUCUGCCCUCUUUUAAAUAAAAAAAAUUUAAAAGGCCACUCCCAGGUAAAAUCCAGGGGGAAAAGUCAUCUAAGUUUACCAUGCAGUUGUUUACCAAAAAUAGAGGAGAGUCUUAACUUUUGCUCUUGGAUUUAAGUCAAGGUACUGUAUAGAAGUUGUAUAAAAUCAGUAUGGCGGUUCUUCUUGUUCAGUGAUUUUGAAGAAAUUGAGUAGUUCCAGUGUGAUAUUUUUCUUUCUUUUCUAAACUGCAUUCCUAUGCCCACCUAAGGCAUGCCUCUAUGUAUUGGCUACAACAGUAUUUUGAAAGUGUUUGAAACAUUUCUUUAAAUUAUGUACAACCCAAAAUAUUGGUGUUUUGUAUGGAUCACAAGUACAGCAUUCCUUAAUUCUUUCUGUCAUUUGUCACAAUUGUUAUUUAAAGAAUCAAGUAUGUAUUGCAUGAAAACAUAAUGACCUUUUCCUCUUAGUUUAAAUAAACUCCAAGGUAACUGGACUUCUACAGCACCUUUCUGUUUGCCUGAUAUCUAUUUUAGCAAUAAUUUUAUUUUUACGACCUCUUACUCAGCAAAGUAAAUAAAAGUAUAUUUUAUCACUGUUAAA